GAAAGUUCGCGGAUCGUCCACAGCGCGAUUACUGCGUAUAUCUCCAAUGGCCAACCUCCAACCCUCCUUUACGAUAUCUCGAAAACCGGACCACGCGACUUGGCCGAAGUUCAAAGAGGCCGAAUGCCGCUUAUCUCAGCAGCGAGCGCAUCGAUAUCGAUAUUUACAUCUUGGAGGAGAGAGAGAUAGCGCUGAGGAAGCUCACUACGGAGCACGGAUCCCAUCGGCCGGCGUCCUCGGCCAAGACUCAACCUCCAUCGCAAUCCUAGAGUGAGAGAGCAUCACCAUAAUGGCUGCCACUGCGCCGCCCAGGAGCUCGCCCUUGUACCGUGCGGGGAGGAAACGGCCUGCCGAUGCCUCGUUGGAGAGCGAGCAGCGGUUGAGCAAGAGGUUGGACCUGCUGCAUCUGGACAGCAAUGGCAAUUCCACACGCCUCUACAUCCCCGUCGAUCCCUCCUCCUCCUCCUCCAUUUCAACAAACCCAUCCUCCAAAUCCCCCAUCUCUCCCACCUCCCCACCCAUCUCCCCCAUCUCACCAACCCCCCUCUCCUCCUCCUCUUCUCACAAACAAAAACGCCGCCCCCCACCCCCACCCGCCGAAGACACCAUGCUCGUAGAAGACACCCCGCACCGCGUCUACAUCUGGUCCCUCGCCGACGAACUCGCCGACCUCUCGUCCGACGAGGAAUCCCCCAUCUUCCUGCCAGACAUCGAGAAGCACAUCUCCAAGAUCCCCAAAUACAUCCUGCAGCCCCCCGAACUGAAGCCCACCAAGGAUAACCAGUUGGUGCUGUAUAGCGUGCCGUCGAGUCUGACGGUGCCCGAGGAGCAGGAUAAGGUGCGCAAGGCGAUUCUCGAGGCCAGGCAGAGGGUCAGGGAGAGGCAGGCGAGUCCGCUGGGGGAGCCGGCUGCCGUGGUUGGGGCGGGGAAUGGGCUUGGGAAUGGCAUCGCGAGUGCUUUGACACCUUCUGAGGUGGAGAAGGAGGAAGACGAGAUGGCAGUGGAAGAGGAGGACGAUCCUGAUGCCAUGGAGAUUGAUGGGUGAUCGCAGGCUACUACCGUACUACUGUCCCUCGCACCCACAUCAUCAGUGACAAAGGCAUCCUCUUCUAAACGAAAGAAGGAAAGAGAAAGAAAAAAGCGAGGAGUGAAAUGCCUAGUCCAUGAGAAGAAGCAAAUGGGAUGCCGUGGAAAU